AAAUGUAAAUGUUUAGAAUACUGCUUUACUGUUGUUUUUACAUAAACGUCAAGAUCUACAUUUGUAGCAUUCGGUGUUCUAAUAAAAUUAAUAGGAAGAUAGUACUUAUUCUGUGAUUGUUAUAAUUUAAAUAGAUAAAAAAUAGUGAAGUUUAAGUAUAUUUUGAGAAAGAAAUCUUUCUAUUAGUGCACUAUGCCUCUCCAUCGUUAUACUCAUGCAGUUUUAUGCAGAAUUCCUCUUUCACUUCGUACAAGAGGCGAGGUCACAUUAGAUGAAGCUAGAACUCAACAUUUGGCACUUGCUCAACUUUUGCGAGAACUCGAUAUCGAUGUUGUUGAAAUGCCACCAGAUGAAAACUCACCGCUUUGUGUUUUUGUUGAAGAUAUUGCAGUUGUAUGCAAUGGUAUUGCACUUAUAGCUCGGCCCAAUGAACCGUCGCGUCUAAAAGAGAUUGAGACAAUUAGAGCUGUUUUAAAGAAAGAAUUGGAAAUUCCUCUUAUAGAAAUAGCUGAUAAAAAUGCUCGUUUAGAUGGAGGAGAUGUUUUAUUUACUGGUCGUGAAUUUUUUGUUGGAUUAUCUCAUUAUACAAAUGAAGCAGGUGCAAGAGCAGUUGCAGCAGCAUUUCCAGAAUAUCCCUGUGUACCUAUUAAGGUGGGUGAUGGUGGCGAAGAGGUGAUAGUGGAGAGUCUUACCUCAGCCCCAAUUCAGGUUGCUGAAUCCAAACGUCUUAAAAGUUUAGUUACAAUGGCUGGUCCAGAUAUUAUUUGUGUAGGUGCUGGAAAAGAAUCUCAAGAAGUUUUAAAGAGAAUUGAGAGAGAAGCAACUUAUAGUUACCAAACAUUAACUGUGCCUGAAGAUGCUGCAGCCAAUGUACUUUAUGUGAAUGGAACAUUGAUUCACAGAUCAGAAGAUGAAAUUCCACAAUCAAGUAAAGUUUUUGCAGAAAAAAUUGAAUUUCCAACUAGAUCAUUACGUAUGUCUGAAUUAGCAAAGGUCAGUUCUGGUUUGACUUCUUGUUGUUUAUUAGUACGUAGACCCAGACAUAUUCGCAGUAUUUAAACUAAGAAUUGAAAAUAUACCUAGCAUAAGUGCUAGAAUUAUAUAUUGAUGUGAAUUAUAAAAUCAAGAGUUUAAAUAUUUCUAAUAGAAAAUGAUAUCAAAAUGCUGUGCAAAAACAUUAACAUAAUGACGUAGCAUGUAUACGUCGCUCUAAAACUUUCAUAACUAUUUUAAUGUGAACAGAAAAGAUUAUUUUAUAAUUAUUUUAUAAAAAAAUUAUCUUAAUAUAAAAGAGAUUUUAUAUAA